AUGUCAAAUUUAUAUUUUAAUAUUUUUGCAAGUAUAAUUAUAAUUUCUGUUUUUAUGACAAUAUCUGUAAAUAAUGCUGUUUAUGCAGUAUUAUUUUUAAUAUUAGCUUUUUUUAGUUCUAUGUGUAUUUUAUUUUUGUUAAAUAUUGAUUAUUUAGCUUUAAUGUUUAUUUUAAUUUAUAUUGGUGCAAUUACUAUUUUAUUUUUAUUCGUAGUUAUGAUGUUAAAAAUUAAAAUAAAUGAAAAAAAUACAACUAAAUUUAUAUCUUUUAUUAAUAUUAUAAUUUGUUGUUUAAUUGUUUAUAAUGUAUUAUUAAAUGCUGAUAUUUUCAAUGUUUUCUUAAAUAAUGAUUUAGUAUAUAAUGAUUGGUUCUCUAAAUUAUAUUAUGUUGAUAAUAUUAAAAUGUUAGGUCAAGUUAUUUUUACAAAUUAUUAUUUUUAUUUUAUAUUAGCAGGUUUCGUAUUAUUAAUAGGUAUGAUAAGUGCUAUCUUAUUAAGUAAAGAAUCUACUAGAGUAAUACGUAGAUAUCAAUUAGUUUAUCAACAAAUUUCUCGUGAUGUAUCUAAUGCUGUAUUUUUAGUACAUUAAUUUAAUAUGAAAAUAUUUAUUUCAUAUUAAUAUAGUUUAAAAGAGAUUUUAUUAUUAAUGAAGUUAUAUAUAGUUUAUAUAACUUAAAUUCUUAAGAGUUUGAUCCUAGCUCCGAAUGAAUGCUAGUAGUAUGCUUUAACACAUGCAAGUUUAAUAGAUAUUUAUUUAAUAUUUAUGAUUAAAUAUUUUAUAAAUAUUUAUAGCGUAAAGGUGAGUAAAUUAUAAAUAAAUUACCUAAAAAUUGUUGUAAAAAUUUUAUUUAAUCAAUAAUAUUCAAAAGAAAAAAAUAAUUUUUUUUAUUUUUUUCGUUUUUAGAUAUUUAUUUAUAUAAGAUUAGGUAGUUGGUAAGGUAAAAGCUUACCAAGCCAAAGAUUUUUAGUUGGUUUGUGAGAAUGAUCAACCACAUCGGGAUUGAAAUAAAGCCCGAACUCUUUAUGAGUCAGCAGUGGGGAAUAUUGGACAAUAAACGAAAGUUUGAUCCAGCAAUACUACAUAAGUGAUGAAGGCUUUAUCGUUGUAAAACUUAUAAUUUGAUGAAAUAAUGAUUUGUCAAAGGAAUAGUUCUGGCAAACUCUGUGCCAGCAGCCGCGGUAAUACAGAGGGAACGAGCAUUAUUCGUCUUUACUGGGCGUAAAGAGUCUUAAGAUGAUUUUUUCAAUUAAAAAUUAAAAAUUAGAGCUUAACUCUAAUAUUUUUUUAAUAUUAAAAAAUUUGAGUAUAUUAAAGGAUUAUAGAAUUUCUAAAGGAGGUGCGACAACCGUUUAUAUUAGGAAGAAUGCCAUUUAGUGAAAACAAUAAUCUAUUAAAAUACUGACAUUGAUAGACGAAAGUAUGGGUAGCAAACAGGAUUAGGUACCCUGGUAGUCCAUACUAUAAACAAUGAAUAUUAAAUAUUAAUAAAUUAUAUUUAU